AUGCCUUCAUGCGCGGUGAAGUGGUGUGGGAAACAUUCCAAGACAUCUGGUUACAAAAAAGAUGGCAUAACUUUUCAUCGAUUUCCGAAGAUUCCAGAACUAAAAGAAAAGUGGAUAGAUAAGGUUAAUAGGGAAAAUUGGUUUCCAACAAAAUACAGCGCUGUUUGUUCAAGGCACUUCACUCCCGAUUGUUUUGAAUAUUUAAAAGAACGCCGCCGUCUAUUUAGUUCAGCGAUACCAACUUUGUUUUUGCCUAUUUUGGAUUCACCAAAUAGUAUGAUUGACUCUUAUACUAAUGUACCUGGGCCUUCGCGUCACAAUAUCGCCCUCAGUUCAUUAUCAAAUAAACAAGUGCAUUCUGAAGCUCAUACAUCAACUGAAGCCCAGACUCCUUUGCAUUGUUUUCCAUUUGAUGAUAGUAACAUUUUCAGGCCUUCCCAUGAUUAUGAAAUUCCCAGUUCAACAAUAAGUAACAAAGAAAUAGUACACCCAGUAAUUGAAGACCUGACUCCACGUAAACGCAAAAUGAAACGACACAUAGACCAUCUUAUAUAUUCCCUUAGUAAAAAAAAGAAAGAGGUUAAGAGGCUUCAAGAUAAAAAUAGAUUAUUGGUUAAAAAAAAUGCAAAUCUAAAAGAAAUUUUGAAUACUUUGACAAAAAAAUCUUAUAUCACUCAAGAAAAUCAAGACAUUUUAAGUCGCAUAGGUGUACAAAACCAAGAAAUUGUUAAACGCCAAAUAUUGAAAUCAAAAAAAGGACAUAUACCCAAAAUCAAAUACUCACCGGAGUUACGAGCAUUCUCUUUAACAUUGCAUUUUUAUUCCCCAAAAGCGUAUAAUUUCGUUAGACAAACUUUUAGCACAUGUUUACCUGCUACAAGUACUCUGAGAAGUUGGUAUCAAUCCAUUGAUGGUAAACCAGGAUUUACAAAGGAGGCAAUAGAUACUAUCAAAAUGAAAGCCAGAGAAUCUAAGAACAAAAUUUACGCCACUAUCAUAUUCGUCGAAAUGGCGAUCAAAAGCGGUGUCGAAUAUCAUCCCCAAGCCAGAAGGUACUAUGGCCACGUGAGUUUUGGCGCUAGUUUACAAACGGACUGUCAAGAUGAAGCUAAAGAAGCCCUUGUUUUCUUGCUAGUGCCAAUAAAUGCAUCCUGGAAAAUUCCAAUAGGAUAUUUUUUAAUAAAUGGCAUUAAUGCAGAACAAAAAGCCGCUCUUCUAACAGAGGCGAUCCAUUUGAUAGAAGAGGCUGGUGUAAAUGUCAAAGCCAUUACGUUUGACGGCUGCCCUGCUAAUAUUACUAUGGCUAAAAAGUUAGGCUGUUCGUUUGAAGUUGAUCAAAUAAACACCACCUUUAAAAACCCCUGCAAGACUUCAAAAAUAGCGGUCUUUUUAGAUCCGGCACACAUGAUCAAGUUAGUGCGAAAUGCAUUUGAGUUUUAUAGGAAUUUGAAGGACGAACGGGGCAAUAUUAUAUUUCUGAAUUAA